UUCUCUCCUUCAUGAAGAUGGCAUCUCCUAGACGAAAAACGAGACUUUCAUCUCCUCCGAUCAGAAUCAGGUAGAUUGAUCACUUUUGAAGUUCAUUUGCUAGCAUUUGCCUCAAAUGGGAGAAAUCUGUCUCAAUAGUGAGCCAUUGGCUGAAGAUGGAGCAGAUAAGCCAGAUGCGGAAGAAAGAGAUUGUGGAAAGUCGGAGUCCACCGGUGAAAACCAUGUGAGGAAUGUGCCACCAGCUUUAGGGAUGGAGUUUGAGUCAUUUGAAGAUGCUUAUGAAUUUUAUAAUAAGUAUGCUGAAAAAGUGGGAUUUGGGGUUAGAAUAAGAAGUUCUUAUUUUAAGAAACAGAGUAAAGAAAAGUAUGCUGCAGUUCUUUGCUGUAGUUGUGAGGGUUUUAAAAGAUCACUACAGUCUCACAAUAAAAGGCCAGAAGUAAGGACUGGUUGCCAAGCAAUGAUGAGGAUCAAAUUGAGGGAGUCCAAGGGAUGGCAAGUGAUUGAAGUUAAGCUUGAGCAUAAUCAUGUGACUAAUCCAGCAGGUUCACACUUCUACAGAUCACAUAAGGGUGCUGGUUCUGGAACUAAAGGAAAAUUGCAAUUGACUUGUGAUGCAGGAAUACAUACAUGUAAGUAUCAGUCACUUAAUGGAAAAGAUGUUAGUAUGUGCUCAAAGCUUAAAAAAGGAGAUGCACAAGCUGUUUAUGAUUUCCUUUGCUGCAUGCAACAAAAAAGUCCCAACUUCUUUUAUUUGAUGGAUCUUGAUGAAGAUGGACGGUUGGGAAAUGUGUUUUGGGCUGAUGCAAGGUGUAGGGCUGCAUGUGGAUACUUUGGAGAUGUUGUUGCAUUUGAUACAACAUAUCUCACGCACAAAUAUGAUUUGCCAUUUGCACCAUUUGUUGGAGUGAAUCACCAUGGGCAGUAUGUGCUGUUGGGUUGUGGUUUGCUUCUAGAUAAAACAUUUGAGUCAUUUAUAUGGUUAUUCAAGGCAUGGCUUGCAUGUAUGUCAGGUCGCAUUCCUGACGCUAUAAUAACCGAUCAAUGUAAAGUUUUAAAAAAGGCAGUUGUGGAGGUAUUCCCUAGAGCCUGUCAUCGACUUUGUUUAUGGCACAUCAUGCAAAAAGUUCCAGAAAAGUUGCAAAACUUGCGUGAAUAUAGAGCAGUUAAAAUGGCAAUGGAGAGAGCAGUCUAUGAUUCGUUGAGAGUGGAUGAGUUUGAAUCAGCUUGGGAGGACAUGAUUCAGCAAAAUGGAGUUGGGGAUAAUGAAUGGCUUCAAACGUUAUAUGAAGAUCGACAUCAAUGGGUGCCGGCUUUUCUCAAGGAAACAAAUUUUGUAGGAAUGUCAACCACCCAAAGAAGUGAAAGCAUAAAUUCAUAUUUUGAUGGAUUUGUGCAUGCAAGAACCUCAUUAAAGGAGUUCCUUGAUAAUUAUGAGCUUGCUCUAGAGAAGAGGCGUUCUGAAGAAUUCCAGGCAGAUCUUUCAUCAAUCCACUCAAAGCCUGUGUUGAAGACAAGAAGUUAUUAUGAAAAACAACUCUCUGAAGUGUACACAAUGAAUAUGUUUAAGAAGUUCCAAAAAGAGGUGGAAGAGAUGCUUUCGUGUUUUAACACAACACAAGUACAGGUUAAUGGGCCAGUCAUAACGUACACUGUCAAGGAACGUGUUGAGGGUAAUGAGAGUGAGAUCAAGGAUUAUGAAGUUCUUUAUAAUACCGUUGAAGUGGAGGUUAAUUGCAUUUGCAAUCAGUUUAACUUUAAAGGGUACUUGUGUAGACAUGCACUUAGUGUCCUCCACUAUAAUGGAAUUGAAGAAAUCCCGUCUCGAUACAUUUUGCCUCGUUGGAGGAAGGAUUUUAAAUGUAUUUAUGUACUGGAAAAUAGCUCAAAUGAUGUUGAUUUUGAUAACCCCGUGACAUGGUAUGAUGAAUUGUACAAACGUGCUAUCCAAGUUGUGGAGGGAGGGGUGAUAUCUCAAGAACAUUUCAAGGUUGCUUUGCAAGCACUAGAAGAGUCAUUGGGUAAAGUUUAUGAUAUAAGGGCUUUUGGCUCAAAAAAGGCAUCCACAGUAAAAGAACCUUCACAAGUAAAGCGACGAGGUCGGCCAAAGCAAAAUGGAUCCCAAUGUCUCACAGAUACGGGAAAAAGUACUCGAGGAGUACAAGAGGUUGACAACCUAUGUGCAGAAUCCAAUUUUCAAGUACUACCAAAUCUUGGCACCCCUAUUAGUACGCCGGAGAGUAUAUUUCAACCAGAAUUAGUUGGGUUGCAUUGGGUUAUAGGUUUCGGGUUUCAUGGUUUCCAUGUUACAGGUUGCAGGUUUCAUGGUUCCAGGUGGUCUAAUGUCUUUUUCUGGUGAUCCUUCUCUCUCUCUGGGCAUUUCCCAGCAACUCUCCAGCCAGCAUAGUGGAAGCCCUUCCAGGUGAGGGUGUGUUAGCUACCAGUGACCUGUCUUGUAUAUAAGAUGAAUUAUAUAUUUUACUUCUGACCUUGGCAAAAAGGAGAGGAAGAAAGAAACUAACACAUGCACAUUACAGGGACAAUUUUCACUAUCCAACCAACCCUCCAUGGUCCACUUGAUCUCAUGCGUCAUGACCAGAUUUCUUGGUUGCGGUGGAGUGAUCUCUAAAUCUAAUUGUUUUAUCUUGGAAAUUGAGUGAACUUGUCUUAUGAUAUUGAAUGCUAUAUUUAGAUAAUUUGAAACGUGGAUGAAGGAAAUCUUUAAUAAUGGUGGAAGCACAGAUCAUUGACCAUUCAAAUUUGGUUCUAUUUUUGGGUCCUCCAUGGAAGUCUAACAAGUGCAUGUUCACAAACUGGAGAUACUCAUGGAAGCAUGUGCUUGGUUGUUUGAAGAGUUUACCCUUUCUUUUAACCAUCAGUUGUAUAGGAUUUUGGAGAAGUAGAUUUGCCUUGUGUAGGGAUCUUCAAGACAGCUUGUAAGACUAAUUUUUUUUGUUGUAUACCUUGUGUAUAGCAGACAGAUUAUACACUGUACAGAUCCUGCAAACUUUUGUUUUACCAAUGGGAUUGUCCCUUUCUUUAGUUACAUCAA